AAACUUAUUAGUCUUUCACAACAAUUUUAAUACCGAAUUAGUGCGUGAAUAAUAGAAGGAUUCUUCCCAUGACGUUCUCAUGGUAUCUUUCAUUUUUAUCACGAUAACCGUGAAGUUGCGGUUCCUGCUUCUACCUGUUGUCACUACUGGCGUGAGUCAUAAGAGUACGAUGUUUGUCAAGUCAUAUCUUUAAUCAACGAAUUAACAUAAUUGAAUACAAGAGUUGAUAAGUUCUCAGUUUCUUUGUAUACUCACUUUUUUGUCAAUUAUAAACUCAACGGUGUUGUGCUAUUCUAAGCGGCAUUCGAUACAAUUAUAAACGUUCUUCAUUUUUCAAUAAUAAUUGUGUAGUGUAGGUACUCGGAGCAACACACCUUUUGCACUAGCAAUGAAUACGAUGGAACAUGAGAAGGUUGAACAACUCCAAGGUUCCAAUGAGCAAGUUAAAAGAGAUCAAACUGUCAAAGUUAUUCAAAGAUAUUGUCGGGAUGUGAGGAUGCGUCUGGAUAAAUAUUUGGAAGAAUGGAAUUUGUACGAGAACGUUAAUGUUGCAGUGAAAUAUUUAUUAUCCAGGCCAUUGUUGUUGGCUGCUGUUAUUGCUGUGACUGCAGCAAUUGGUAUACCAGUGGUCUGCUUCACAUUAUUUGCAAUAAUUACCAUUGCCUGUACAUUCACAGGAUUCAUUCUCAUCGAAGGAUCAAUAUUGGCAGUUGGAACUCUUGUACUGUGCGGAGUUCUGCUGUCCAUUGUAACUACAAUUGUGAUGAUAGCAGCAUGCUUAGCAAUAGCCUAUUACAUAUCCCUUAGAGUAUAUGCUAUUUUCAAGGGAUUAUAAGAAACUGGCAAAAACCAAGCAAUUAAUUAUGAUUAAAAGUGCAACUACAGAAGAGCAGACAUCAAUAUUUGGAGCCGUGGUGCUUUUUUUAAAUGAACAUACGACUAUUUAGCUUGGUACAAAACGUAAAAAUGUAUUUUUCGUAUUCAGCAAUUCAGGGACUCCAACGAUUUACAGAUUAUUUGGUUAAUGUUAUUGUAAAAUAUUAUUUCUCCAACAGGCGUCGACCCAUUCAUGUGUUGGAUACAUUUUCUUUAUCUUCGUGA